AUGGGGACUCCUGAUGUUAAAGUCGCGUCUGAUUCCUCUUCAGAGGUCAAGGCGACCCAAAGUCCGAACGUCAAAGGCCAGCCGAGUGACCUUGCUGAGCCUGAAGAAAUUCAUGAAUACCAAUCGGUACUCACUUCUUUGUUUCAACGCAAAAGAAAGGUCGACCCGGAUGCUAUCGCUACAACUCGCAGUGUGUUUGACGAUCCGUUACUUCGGCAAUACUACCAGCCUCAUCCCCAAUACGAAAAUCUUCACCGAUUUGAUAUAGAUGAAAGAUGGACAUAUCGCGAAGAAGCUGCUGUGCGACGCAAGACCGAUUGGACCAUUCUGUUGUGGAUCCUUGUCAUGUUCUUUGGCCUCAAUUUGGAUCGAGGAAAUUUGGGUAACGCCGCUGCGGACAAUUUGUUGAAUGAUCUCAAAAUCACCACCAACGACUACAACAAUGCACAAAACAUGUACCGUGUUGGCUUUCUCAUUGCCGAGAUUCCCUCACAGAUGAUAGGUAAGAGGCUAGGUCCAGAUCGAUGGAUUCCAAUCCAGAUUAUUGCCUGGAGUUUGGCUUCUGGUGGCCAGUUCUUCAUGCACAAUAGAGCUGGCUUCUUUGCAUGUCGGUUUUUUAUCGGCCUAUUUAUGGGUGGAUUUAUUCCAGACGCUAUUCUUUACCUGUCGUACUUCUACACCAAGUCAGAAAUGCCAUUUCGUCUGGCCUUGUUCUGGUUCACUGACUCCAUGUCUGGUGUUAUCGCAUCUUUUAUUGCCUACGGCGUACUCCACAUGCGAGGUGUAGAUGGCCGCGAGGGUUGGCGAUGGCUUUUCUUGAUUGAAGCUCUGAUCACCCUUGUUAUUGGCUUCCUCAGUUUCCUCUUUUUGAUUCCUGGUCCGACACAAACAAAAACUUGGUGGAAUCCCAACGGAUACUUCACGGAGCGAGAAGAAAAAAUUAUCGUCAACCGCGUUUUGCGCGAUGAUCCGUCGAAAGGUGAUAUGCACAAUCGUCAAGCAUUAUCCUUGAAGAUGUUGUGGCAAAGUUUGAAGGACUAUGACUUGUGGCCUGUUUAUAUUAUUGGCAUACUGUUCGAAAUUCCAACAGCACCGCCAAAGUCGUAUCUUACAUUGUCUCUACGCAACCUCAAGUUCACCACAUUCCAGACAACAUUGCUUUCGAUACCUGUCACAGUAUUCGCAUCUAUCAACCUGUUGAUCGUCACAUGGCUUACGGAGCGAUACCAUCAGAUCUCUAUUAUCGGCCUUCUCACGCAAAUAUGGUGUCUGCCACUUCUAAUCAUUCUAUUCAAAUUAGCCGGGAAACUGUCCAAUUGGGGUCUCUACGCAGUUACUUUUGUACUUUUGGGCUGGCCUUCUCCUCAUGCGGCGCAAGUCGGUUGGUGUUCUCGUUUGAGUAACACUGUCCGAACGCGAGCAGUGAGCGCUGCCCUUUACAACAUCACCAUUCAAUUGUCGGGAAUUGCGUCCUCUAAUAUUUACCGCUCGGAUGACAGCCCAUUGUAUCAUCGAGGCAACAAACAGCUUAUUGCUAUCAAUGUUGCCACCAUUGUUGUGUAUGCUCUUGCCAAGGUAUAUUAUGAGGCUAGGAACCGGUGGAAGAAGGCACGAUGGGAAAAGUUGAGUCCUCAAGAAAAGGCGCACUAUCUGGAAACGACUAGUGAUUUGGGCAACAAACGUUUGGACUUUCAAUUUGAUUCUUGA